AUGGACAUGGAAAAUAAGAGCAGAACAGAUCUCACUCUCCCAAAUCCACAAGGGCCCUCCAGGGUGCCUGAAUUUGAACUCUCAGAAAUAUCUGUUCACGAUGAUACCCUGCUGAAGAAGUCUGCUUCAUCUCUACCCCAGCAUACAUGGCUGACAUUUUUGAAGAAAGAGUUGAUAUUCCUGGGGGUAACACAAAUUCUGAUUGGUUUGAUAUGCCUUUGUUUUGGAACAAUUGUCUGCUCUGCGUUCAAUUUUUCAGACUUUGAGGAAGACGUUUUUUUAUCCUUUAAAGCAGGUUAUCCAUUCUGGGGAGCAAUAUUUUUUGAUAUUUCAGGACUUUUGUCAAUUAUAUUGGAAAAGAAAAAUACAACAUAUCUG